AAAAAAUUAAUCCUUAUUUUGUAUUAUUUUGAUUUUUAUUAUUAGAUUAAAAUAAAGCAUGAACUCUGAGGACAGAACUCUACUUGCAUCCCUAACAGAUCCUGCUGCUCAUUAUGAAGCCUUUUUGAGAUAUCUUCGAUCUACCCAGCCUAUCACUUCAACAUCUUCAUCCGCAAUGAGUGUUCUUGUUCCAUCCUCAACUGCAUUGAGUGUUCGAUCUACAUCUGCUAUAAUUGUUACAUCUUCAGCUGCUACAAAUGUCCCACGACCUCCACAACAAGAUGUGCAACCUUCUGCUGACUUAACAUAUGGUGCCUAUAGGAGAUAUAGGGACCAGCACCCUGGACCGAUUAGCAAUCGAUCAUAUUUGCGAUGGGUCCGGUAAGGAGGGAAUGAUGGUGAAUCAUUCAGCUGGGCCUAUCAUCCUCCUAACAGGGGUGCUGGGAGCUACAGCAGAAGAGGAAGCCAUGGUGGAGGUCGUGGGCGAAGAAGGAAUGGUGGCGGCCUCACCGUGAAUGGUGGCAUACACUAUUACUAGGCGCCACCAUUUCUGUUUUUUUAAAAAAUAAAUAUAUAACAU